AUGAACUCUGACGACGAAGACUUUAAUGACAUUUAUGGUGACGAAUCUACGUCUACGACCACCGUUCCCCAAAAUAAAGACGAACCAAAGAAGGAUGUUACAACAGAAACCACAACCACACCACCCAAGGAUUCCAUCAGUAAUGCUACAUCUUCCUUAGACCAAUUGGCUGCACUACAGGCACUAUCGUCGAAUUUAACCGCGGCAACUAACACCAAUGCUAAUACUAAUACUAGUACGAAUGCAAAUAAUAAUAAUUACGACACAAAUAGUGAUAAUAAAUCUAAUACAAUUAGUAGCACAGAAAACAUUGGAACCAAUACAACAUCAACCGAUAAACCAAGUGCACCUACAGGAAUGUCAUGGGAGCAAUUACAACAAACUAUGUCACAAUUUCAACCACAAGCCUCUGCUCCUGCCCAGUCAAGUAUUACAAAUCCUGUAAAGGCAGAUUUAUCAAGAGAUAUCUGUAAGAUGUUCAUCGGUGGUCUCAACUGGGAAACAACCGAAGACACUCUAAGAGACUAUUUCAGCAAAUAUGGUAAAGUUAUUGAUCUAAAAAUCAUGAAAGAUACGAAUACUGGGAGAUCCAGAGGAUUUGGUUUCUUGACAUUUGACGAACCUAGCAGUGUUGAUGAGGUCGUCAAGACACAACAUAUUUUAGAUGGUAAAGUUAUUGACCCAAAGAGGGCCAUUCCUAGAGAAGAACAGGACAAGACCGGUAAAAUCUUCGUUGGUGGUAUUGGUGCCGAUGUCAGACCAAAAGAGUUCGAAGAGUUUUUCGCUCAAUGGGGUACAAUCAUUGAUGCACAACUUAUGUUGGAUAAGGAUACUGGCAGAUCAAGAGGUUUUGGUUUUGUUACCUACGAUUCACCCGACGCUGUAGAUAGAGUGUGUCAAAAUAAGUUCAUUGAUUUCAAAGGUAAAAAGAUUGAGAUUAAGAGAGCUGAACCAAGACAUAUGCAAAAGCAGCAACAAGGUGGUGACACCAGUGCCGCUCAAGGUUUCCCAGGCAUGGCAAACCCUAUGGCUCAAAUGUAUCAGAAUCCAAUGAUGGGUGGUUUCAAUCCAAUGUUCAACCCACAGGCAAUGGCUGAAUACUACCAAAAGAUGCAAGAAUAUUAUCAACAAAUGCAACAACAAACCGGUAUGGAUUACACUCAAAUGUUUCAACAGCAGAUGCAGCAGAUGUCCAUGAUGAUGCCAGGUUUUAACAUGCCCGGUGCUGGCUCGCCAGAUUCCGGCACUCCUAACUUAGGCGAUGACGGUAGUUCCAAUGCUAAUUCGGCAAAUGUUCAAACGGUUGGCGGUGAAGGAUCCGACGCCAAGGUUGCUGGUGCCAAUGACUCUAGCGACAGCGGUGAAAACAAAUUGCAAAUAAACUUGCCAAGAGGUCCAAGAGGGCCCUCAUCUUCUUCAGAUGACCAAGCCUCGUAUUCUCACGGACGUCGUGACCGAGGCGACCGUGGAGAUCGUGGAGACCGUGGAGACCGUGGCGACCGUGGCGACCGUAGUGACCGCGGAGACCGUGAUUAUCAUUACCGUGGUAGUAACCGUAAUGGAUACCGUGGAGGAAACGGAGGAUACCGUGGUCGUGGUGGAUACAAUAGACGUAACAACGGUUACCAUCCAUAUAACAGGUAA